AGGUAAUAUUGUUGGGUACUCACUCGGGAUGUUCACCGAAAAAUUCAUUUUUGCGACAUACGCGCGACGAAAGUGUUGAAGGUAGGAGAGGGCCUCAUAUAUAAAGUUGGUGCCUUCGGUCGGCGCGAUCAUUUGAAUCAAUGAAGUGACUUGGAAAGUUUCAUCACCACAGAAUUCAUCCCCAAUUUGAACUCUUUUCAUUUGGAUUACCUCCCUUUGGGAAAUUUUUGUGAUCUUCAACUGAUCUUCAGCUGAUCUUCGUGAUUUUUUUUGCAAGUUCUGAAAGCUGUGAAUAAAAAAAAUUAGGGCACGUUUUAAUUAAAUAAAAUCAGUGACAAUUUUUACGUGACAAAGUAUUGAGCCCUCCAUGUGAUGGGCAAAUGUGUUUUUAUUUUUCAUUACAAGUGAAACACAACAUAAAUUUUCCAUGGAAAUUUGGUCAAUUAACCAAGAAGUAUAAUUGAAUAAACAAACAAACGUAAUAAACAAACUCAAAAGUAGGAUAAAAUCAGUUAGAAAAGCACCCCCUACAAAAAGCAAUCUCCAAAAUGGGGGUUGAUGCUCUAUCGGCCACCUUUGCGUGCUGUGAUAUGGUGGAAAUGGAGCCAAUCGCCAAAAAAUCCCUCAUCGACCAGCGAAAUGACGAUCUCAGUGAAUCAACAAUCACCAAUAAGACAAUUAAAGAGAUCAUUGAGUGCGAAAAAUUGGUCAGUGAGGAGGAAAAAGUAGCGAGAAUGAGAGAAAUUGGGGCACAUACGCCGAUUUUGCCGUCGGAAAUUGGCACAGAUUUCAAUUUCAAGCGGAAAAUUGUGUGGUUUAACGCAAUUGGAUUCCUCCUUUUGCACAUUGCUGCCCUCAUUGGGGGCAUUCUGGCUCUCACUGGAUACGCAAAAUUCUACACAAUACUUUACACGGCAUGGCUGGUUUAUGCAUCCGGGCAGGGUGUGACAAUGGGUGCCCAUCGUCUUUGGGCCCACAGAGCCUUCAAAGCCAACCUCUUUCUCCGUGUCUUCCUACUCUUCAUGCACACCCUCGCCGGGCAGAAUUGCCUGUGGGUCUGGGUGCGUGACCAUCGACAGCAUCACAAGUACAGUGACACCGAUGCUGAUCCUCACAAUGCCAAUCGGGGCUUCUUCUUCUCACACAUUGGCUGGCUCAUGUCCCGCAAACAUCCCAAAGUGAUUGAGUAUGGCAAGAAAAUUGACAUGUCCGAUUUGGAAGCUGAUCCGUGGAUAAUGUUUCAAAAACGCCACUACAAAGUUCUCUACACCCUCUUUGCACUCCUCUUCCCCACGGCUGUUCCUAUUUUAUGCUGGAAUGAAGACCCAAUUGUUGCACUUUUCUUGGCCUAUUUCACAAGGACAGUCAUCCAGCUCAAUGUAACAUGGCUGGUGAAUAGCGCAGCUCAUCUCUUUGGCACGCGUCCUUACGAUAAGACAAUGCUUCCGGUUGAGAGUAUGUUUUUGGGGAUGUUGGCUGCGGGUGAAGGAUGGCACAACUACCACCAUGCUUUUCCAUGGGACUACCGGGCAUCAGAGCUGGGAACUCCGUACAAUCUCACGGGAUACUUCAUUGAUCGCCUGGCUGAACGAGGGUGGAUUUGGGAUAGGAAGACUGCAUCGCCAAAUAUGGUGAAAAAUCGCGUUCUUCGCACAGGAGAUGGAUCCCAUGGAGUUUAUGGGAAUGAGCUUGACCGACGGGCUGUUAAAACAUUCAAAAAUUGGUGGAAGCACCCUCUCAAUCCCUCCUACACAUCCCUCUACUUUCCCCAACCGAAAACUCUCCAGUCUAAUGGGUAUGCCCUCAUUUCGGACGAAUUGGAUAAGUCUGAACUCGAUGAGGAUCGUCUAAAGAGGGAAAAUGAGGAUCUGCAGCAGAAACGCGAGGAUGACGAUGCCCGGAAGCAGUACAAUAUCACAAAAUACAUCGUUGAUAAAACCCAAAUGGGGGAUGGCGAAUUAAUGAGCUACGUCAACAACAACAUUAAACAUUCACAGCAAACAAAAUGCACCCUCAACGUAACAGACGCCCAAGAAGUGGACAAGGUUCAGAGGAAUGAGGCGCGAUUCCGCUUCAGGUCACCAUCAUCAAUUGCAACACACGAAGCUUAAAAAGACUUUUUAACUUUCCUUAAUUUUUUUUGCAACUAAUUUAGGUGUUUCUACUAUUAUAAUGUUAAAGAUACAAAAGAAAAGAAAAUGUACAACGGAAAAAAUAAUAAAUAAAUUAAAUAUAAUAUUC